AUGCAGACAGGAGCCGUUUUUCCUGGCAAGAUCGGCCGCAGUAAGUUGCUGAAGACACACGAUUUCUCGUCUGCCUUGGUCCCAGGGCAGACCUACCGAUUUUCAGGUUCGUCAGAUUUGUCUUCAGGGCAAACGCAAGAACCAGACUCGGCUUCAUCAGACCUGCAGCAGACGCACGAACCAGAGUCGGUUUCAUCAGAGUUGGUUUCAGGGCGCAACCAGAGACCAGCAGGUUCAGGUUCAUCAGAUUUGGCCUUAGGGCAGACACAAGACACAGUGUCACAUACAUCUUCAGAUUCAUCUACGACCAACUGGGUGGUGAAUCUCAACAACUCCGUCUUCAUGUCUGAUGAUGAGAUCACUGAUGAUGAGAUCACUGAUGAUGAGAUCACUGAUUUCCCAAAUCUCGAGCCUUGCGCGAAGCUGGUGCCACGCGCGCCCGGUGGUGGUGAACUCCAUCCUGCCAUUCUUCGACACGUGAACGGCACGUGCGAACCAUGUGUCUUCCACGGCGCAACGAGAGGUUGCAGACAUGGGAAUCAUUGUUCCUACUGUCAUUUGAAUCACGCGCCCCCUGUCGUGGAUCGACGUGUCCGCAAGCGUACCCGCGACAAGAUCACGGCCCGCCUGCAGACUCUCUUGAGGCCGCCAGUGGAUCUUGAUGCAGUACAUGCGGAGCUGCAAAAAGAAGCAGUGCAUCAUAUCUUUGGGCGGGCCAUGAUCCACGACUACUUGGAAGACCCUGAUCCCGCAAACUUCUUCAAUGCACGGUUGCAAACGCAGUAG